AUGGUGAAAGCCUCAUCUCAUCAUACUACUUCCAUUGUUUCAAUGAAGCUACGAUGUACGUCUCUUCAACAUGGGAUAAUCGGAAAUAUGUCACUACGAACGUUUUGUACGCUGCCAAUUUUAGCCAGCAAAAAGCCUAGGAAAUUACGUUUCCCGCCGAGGGUCAAAACGCCGGACACACUUCUAUCUAGUGCACUUAAGAAAGUGUACUUUAAGAUUGCCGAUGGGUACAUGACUUAUCCAUUCGAGAUUCUCAGGCAAAUACCUACCAUAAAAGCAAUUUCAUAUUUCGAUUUGUUCAGGAGUAAGAUCAAAGCGGGACUUACAGAUCAUGUCGGGCAAACGAAGUCUUUGGACUUAGCUGAUUUCAUCAAGCCUCGGAUGGACAAGUUUCCUGCCAUUUUAGAUGGCAUUUUUCGCAAUCUGUAUCCGAAGCAUUUUAUGUCCUAUCGGAAUUUCAAUACCAAGGAACUAGCCCUUACAAACGUUCUCACGAACCUCUUCCAACAAUUCUAUAUUGCCAAUUAUGUGAGGCCAAAGAUAACGAAAACAUACUAUGCAAGCGAGAACUGGGAUCUGCGCCGGCCCCAUUACUGGUAUCCUGAAGCCAGAAAAAUGCGCCGUAAGAUUGUCAUGCAUGUCGGUCCAACAAACAGCGGAAAGACUCAUCAUUCAUUAAAGCAAUUUAUAGAAGCCAAAUCUGGAUAUUAUGCCGGCCCACUUCGUAUGCUUGCUCGCGAAGUUUAUGAGAGGUUCAAAAAAGAUGGUGUCAAUUGUAAUCUUAUCACUGGUGAGGAGAUUAUACCUUCAAUAGAUGAAUAUGGAGUUUUAGCAGGUCUCUCGGCAGGCACCAUUGAGAUGAUCCCAUUGCACAAAAAGAUGGACAUUUGUAUCAUCGAUGAGAUUCAAAUGCUAACUGAUGAGCAAAGAGGCUGCGCCUGGACGAAUGCUGUACUAGGUGUGCAAGCGAAAGAACUACAUCUCUGUGGAGAAGAACGAACAGUUGAUAUUAUAAAAAAGAUAGCAGAAGCUACAGGUGAUGACCUAGAGAUCAAACAUUACACACGUCUAGGCAAAUUGAGCGUUAUGGAAGAGCCUCUCAAAGACAUUUCAGACUUGCAAAGUGGAGAUUGUGUUGUAUUUUUCUCCAAAAGAAAGAUAUUAGACUUCAAAUGUAAGAUAGAGCUGAAAACCAACCUAAAGGUUGGUGUCAUUUACGGCGCGCUUCCCCCUGAGGUUCGUGCACAAGAGUCUGAUAGAUUCAACAAUGGAGAGUAUGAUGUGCUAGUCGCCUCUGAUGCUAUUGGGAUGGGUAUCAAUUUAAAGAUCAAACGAGUUGUUUUUGGCCAAACUACUAAAUACAAUGGACAAGAAACCAUUCCGCUUUCGGCAUCUUCGAUCAAGCAGAUCGGAGGAAGAGCUGGUCGUUAUUCAACUUCUGAGGGUGAGCUGGAAGGAUUUAUUACGGCAUUUCGGCGAGACGAUCUUAGGACUGUUCGAGAAGUCAUGAGUCAAGAAAUUCCAUCUGUUGCAGCAGCUGGUAUCUGGCCGCCUGAUGAAUUUUGGCUGCAUUAUGUCAGCGCCUUCGACAAAGAUGAAGACAAACUGUUGUCGAAUGCUUUCAAAAUGUUCUAUGAUGACUACAAAUCGAACCCUCCGGCGGAUUAUUUCCUCAUGGACCUUGCCUCAAGAACCCAAAUUGUUGAUUUUAUCAAUAAGUUGAAAAUAUCCGACCUGUUGUCCAUAGACGAUCAGUUGCGACUUUCGCAACUCCCAUUCAAUUUGCUGAGAAUGGAUGACGAAGCUUAUGCUGAUUUGCGCAAGAUCAUUAUGCCAAUUGUGGAAAAGAAGUCUCGCACAAUUUUCGACCUCGAUUUUCUCAAUUUUAAAAUAGUCUCUGCUGAUGCCUCCCCGCCAGGUGAAGUUGUAGAAAUUCUCAAACGGUUGGAGAUCUUGGAAAGAGAUCACAAGUUGACCUUGGUAUUUAUGUGGCUUGCUCAGAGGUGGCCAACAUAUUUCGUGGAUAAGAGAAGUGCCUCACAACUUAAAUCUUUGUUAGAGAAGCGAAUUUCUGAGGAGCUUGAUGGAUUACACGACUUCAAUGAGGUAUUAGGAGAAAACAGGUAUGGCAGAAACAGUAAGUUUCGCAAGGACACGAACUAUAACUGGAAAAAGCAAUUUAUUAAAAAACUCGAGCGCAACUCAAAGCCUGAGUACUCAUGGAAACCACUUUCCCGUCACAAGCAUUAG